AAAUUUUUGGAGGAAAAUGGAGUCAACCUGAAUGAAGUCGAGAUAUGAAAGGCAAAUGAUGACUACGAGAGUUAUGAAAGCGGAAAACCUGCUAAAGAUUGGUCUACAACUGAAGUUUCGUCAGUCUCAGAUUCCAUCCAACCUGAUCUUCCCUUUGAAAACGAAAAAGACCCUUCUUCAGAAGCAACCGAAGCUUCUCAAGCUGAAACUAAAGUCGCGUACAAGAGGAUGCUCUCUGGUGGUCUUCAGAGCCCUAAAGCAGAUGUCCCGAAGAGGGAAAUAUUACAAAGGAUUAAUUCCAAGAAGGCCGCUAGUUCAUAUCAAUUGGGUCAACAACUCUCCCUCAAAUGGUCAACUGGUGCUGGCCCCAGAAUCGGAUGUAUUGCUGACUACCCUGUUGAAUUGAGAUUACAGGCAUUGGAACUUACUAACCUCUCGCCACGAACUUGUCAAGAAUCGUCGACCCCAGGGAGGAUUGCUGUUAUUUCUUCACCUACAGUUUGCAGGCAAAACUUAGUAAUGGAAAUAUAACAAGCUCGACUUUCACUCCCCUGUUUUUAGCUUCUCUCCUACCAUUUCUCCUACAGUGUAUUGUGUUGUGUAUUCGCACAUUCUGCUGACAUUUAUUUUACAAUCUCAGCACUGUAGUCUGAUCUGUCCCUGCCUGCAUUUCUUCAUAGUUAAGUAGCAUUUGCUGUCAAUAAAUGAAGACGGGUUUUUCAAGCUCCA